GAGCUGCGAUCUCAGUGUGCGGGACUCGCCGAUAUGGUCCAGCCGCGUGUGUGACCUCUAGCCUCAAUCCCCUUUACCGACCUUCGAUUGUGCAGAAGGGCUAGGCGAUCCGAUCGGUUCACGCUAACCAGAAAAAGAGAUAAUAAAAGACUUGAGUUCUAGUUCAUUCACACGAGCAGCGCAGCGCCGUGUGGCUGGCCGGUAUGCGCCGACGCAUUGUAUCAUGCGUGUGACACAACGUCCGCCGGCCGACACAUCGCGAACGACCACCAGCCACUUCCAUUCAAUGUGCCAAGAUACGGUUUCAUCGGCACUCUCACUUCGCUAGUAGUCGCACGUGCGCCAUUGCACGCGGCGAGACUGCAAGCGUAGAGUACCGUUUGAUGGCAUCGACUACCAAGUUGCAAGCAUCAAACUACAAGUAAAAACAAAUGUGACACUGGCAGUUUUGAACGGAUUCGGAAAAAACGUAUUGUCCGUUUGAAGGAUUGUCGCUGUUAAAUUCUGGUUAGAUUCAAAUCUGUAAAUAAACAAAGAGGACACUGUAAACUGGCAAAUAAAUAAAAUAGUGGUUGUUCACGUUUUUGGUGGUCUUAAAGUGAUUAAUAAGUUUUGUAAAAUGACGUCGCGGUCCAAGGAGAAGGUGGCUGCAGCGUUCCGGAAGCUGUUCCGAUCUCCAGAGAAGCUGGACAAAGACGGAGCUGGACCGAGCGGCUCGCCAGCCAGGCGUGGCCUUUUCCGAAGACAUAGAGACGGAGUCAGCCCAGCAGAAGCAGCCGUAAGUUUCCCGGCAAGUCCUGCUGCUUCAACGCUGGCAAAAAAGAAAGCAGUCGGGGCAAACGAAGAGCGGGAGAGGGCUGCAGGGGUGCGCACGCGCCGGCUCAUGAAGGAGCUGAAGGAAAUACAGCGGUUGCAGGAGCACAGGCCGGACCCUGUAUUUACAGUUGAACUAGUAAACGACAACUUGUUCGAGUGGCACGUGCGGCUGCACCAGAUCGACCCGGAGAGCGAGCUGGCGGCCGACCUGCGCGAGCUGGGCGUGCCGCACAUCCUGCUGCACCUCGUCUUCCCGGAGAACUUCCCCUUCGCGCCGCCCUUCAUGCGCGUCAUCGAGCCCAGGAUAGAGAAGGGAUUUGUUAUGGAAGGUGGAGCGAUAUGUAUGGAACUGCUAACGCCGCGCGGCUGGGCGUCCGCGUACACCGUGGAGGCGGUGGUGAUGCAGUUCGCCGCGUCCGUGGUGAAGGGGCAGGGCCGCGUGGCGCGCGCGCCGUCGCGCUCUACACGCGAGUUCUCCCGCCGGCGCGCCGAGGAGGCGUUCAGGUCACUCGUCAAGACGCAUGAUAAAUACGGAUGGGUCACACCCUCGCUGUCCGACGGUUGAGACAAGAUAAUUUUCAACCGUAACGCUGAAUGGAUCUCUCGUAGUUAAUUAACUCAAUUUUAUUGUAAUAAUUUUAGUUGUAUUUAGAUUAAAGAAGCCUAUACCCUGUCUCCGAGUACAGUGACAACUUGAAGAAUA